UUUGUGAUAUUUGAUUGGACAAUGCGUUGCUGCGGAUAUAAGGGAGAUUAAUCUUACACUCGCACCUGCUACUUUCACUUUUGGUUUGUUGUCAUUGUCAGGGUCAGAGUAUAAGUUUGAAAGAUGCCUAUGCUUCGACAAUUGUUCGGUGGUUUCACUACUGGAUCAGUUGCUACAAGUUGUCAGGUAUGCAGCUUCAGUCGAUAUAUUCCGGCUAGUAUAAGUGACUUAUUCUGGAAAACGUCAACUACAUGUACAAACCAUUGCCUAAUUUCUCAGAAUUGUUCUCACUUUUCAAUGGAACAUGGGAUAAGGAAUCGUUUUAGAAACGUAAAUAACUUACAUAACAGACAGCUUAUUUCGAGGAAAAAAGUACCAAAGACUGUGUGUGGAUUUCGAGAAUUGUCUACUGAGAAUAAAUUGCCAAUCAUUUACUUAUUUACAAAAGAAGGAUGUACCCUGUGUGACAUUGCCGUAGAGGCAUUGAAACCUCACAUGCAUAGGUUUGUCCUAAAGGAAGUAGACAUUGAAUUACCAGAGAACGAGAAAUGGUACGAGAUGUACAAGUAUGAUAUUCCGGUGUUUCACAUUUAUGAAGAAUUUCUGUUUAAACAUCAUGUAGAUUUUGAUGCACUUGAGCGAGGGUUAGAAAAAUAUAAAAAUGGAUAUGACAUAAGAAAGUGACAGCCAUCCAUUCCAGUAAUAAUAUAUGAUAGAAAUAAAAACGACACUGUUAUAGGGGUAAAUACUACACCUUUGCGAUACUACUUGCCGGUGCUCAAGUUACCAACAACUGACAUCACUUUGGUCGUGUGAUUGAGACAGGGUUACACAGUUUGUUGCUUAAUAAUUUUAUAUUUUCCAACUAUAAUUAACUAUAGUAGAUCUGUUCGAAGGUGGUUCACGCAACAUCUGGAUUGUACUAUAGAUACAUUGCUUAUCACAAACUAAAAAUUGCCUGUUUUACCGGAGCGGUGAUUUCGGUUUACACUCCGUUCUUUCCGUCCGUUCAAAGAAAUCUGUAACCAACAAUAGCUCAAAAUAAUAUCAGCUAUUUGGAUGAUACUUAUGGUGUGAGGAUAGAGGAGAUUAUGCACGAAAUUUUAUAAAAUUACAUUGUGAUUGCUCUGGUAACGGAAAUGGUGGUAAAACAAUGAAAACUGAACACAUUUAUAACCUAGCUGCUAUACCUAAAAACACAAGUCAGGUUGAUGAUAUUUAGUAUAUUGAUAUAUAACUAUAUGGAGAUGUAAGUCAUUUUAUUAUUAUACCCCCACCACAAAAUGUGUGUGUGUGUGAGGGGGGGGGGGGGCUAUAAUGGAUUCGCUUUGCCGCGUUCUACCGUCCGUCUGUCCGUCCGUCCGUCUCCAUUAUCGUGUCCGCUCUAUAAAUCCUAUACCAAUUGAAGGAUUUACUUCAAACUUGGCUCAAAUGUUCACCUCAACAAGGGGAUGUGCAGAACUCAUGUUGCCCAUGUGUCAGCUCAAGGUCAAGGUCACAAUUAAAGGUCAAAUAUCAAAAAAUCAAAUAUUACACAGUAUGUCGAGUCCGCUCUGUAAAUCCUACACUAAUUGAAAGAUUUUCUUCAAGCUUGGCUCAAAUGUUCACCUCAACAAGGAGAUGUGCAGAACCCAUGUUGCCCAUGUGUCAGCUCAAGGUCACAAUUGAAGGUCAAAUAUCAAACAGUCAAAUAUUAGACAGUAUGUCGUGUCCGCUCUGUAAGUCCUACACUAAUUGAUUAAUUUUCUUCAAACAUGGCUCAAAUGUUCACCUCAACAAGGAGAUGUGCAGAACCCAUGUUGCCCAUGUGUCAGCUCAAGGUCAAGGUCACAAUUGAAGGUCAAAUAUCAAACAAUCAAAUAUUAGACAGUAUGUUGUGUCCGCUCUGUAAGUCCUACACUAAUUGAAAGAUUUUCUUCAAACUUAGCUGAAAUGUUCACCUCAACAAGGAGAUGUGCAGAACCAUGUUGCCUAUGUGUCAGCUCAAGGUCACAAUUGAAGGUCAAAUAUCAAACAAAUAUUUUCUUCAGUAUUGGCUCAAAUGUCCACCUCAACAAAGUAAUGUGCAGAACCCAUGUUACUCUUUUGCCGGUUUAAGGUCAAGGUCACACUUGAAGGUCAAAAAUUGACUUAGAAAAUAUUCUUAAAUUUUAACAUGUAUUUGAAUAUUUCUGAAACUAGAAAAGGUACUUGCUUGAAACUUAAAAUAUAUAAUUAUGAAGUGUCACAAUUAAGAUAUGCAGGUCAAGUUUCAUAACUCUGUAUUGCAUUUGACAAAGUUAUGCCCCUUUUUAAGUCUUCAAAUUUACAUACAAUCAAAUAUUAGAAAAUAUGUCGUGUCCGCUAUAUAAAUCCUAAACUAAUGGAAGAAUUUUCUUCAAACUUUACUAAAAUGUUCACCUCAACAAGGUUAUGUGCAGAACCCAUGUUAGCUUUAUGUCCGCUUUAGGUCAAGGUCACACUUGAAGGUCAAAAAUUGACUUAGAAAAUGUUCUUAAAUUUUAACAUGUAUUUGAAUAUUUCUGAAACUAACACAGGUAUUUGCUUGAAACUUAAAAGAUAUAUGAGGUGUCACAAGUAAGAUAUGCUGGUAGAGUUUCAUAACUCUUGUGUUGCAUUUUGACAAAGUUAUGCCCCUUUUUAAGUCUUUAAAUUUGCAUACAAUCAAUACUAGACAAUAUGUCAUGUCCGCUCUAUAAAUUAUAUACUAAUGGAAGGAUUUUCUUCAAAUUUGACUCAAAUGUUCACUCCAACUGGGCAAUGUGCAGAACUCAUCUUACCCUUGUGCCAACGUAAGGUCAAGGCCACACUUGCAGGUAAAAAAUUGACUUAGAAAAUGUUCUAAAAUUCUAACAUGUACUUGAAUAUUUCUAAAACUAGAACAGAGAUAAUCAUUUGAAACUUCAAAUAUAUACGAAGUGUCGCAAGUAAGAUAUUCAGGUCAAGUUUCAUAACUAAAAAAAGUGUGUGGGGGAUAACUUUGUAUUGUAUUUUGACAAAGUUAAGUCCAUUUUUAUGUCUUUAAAUUUAUUUACUAUAAUAUUUCUUAAACCAGAACAGAUAUUUACUUGAAACUUAAGAUGUAUAUGAAUGGUUUUAAGCAAGCUCAGAUGAUGAAAAUUCUACAAUUCCAUUGAAUUAUGACACAAGUUAUGCCCCUUUUACGCUUAGAAAAUAUUAAUUAACAAAUAUUUACUUGAAACUAUAUAAUAUAUGAAGGGUCACAAGUAAGUUCAGUAUGCAAAGUUUUUCCACUCUUAAUUACAUUUUGACAUAAUUAUCCUAUUUUCUUAACUUCACUGCUUUUGUUUGUUUUAGUACUCUGGGAAAAUGAAAGGUUAUUUGUAACUGUUUCGAACAUUAUUUGACAAUAUAUAUUUAUAUUAUAACCUGUACAAAUUGUCUUUUUUCACCAGAGAUAAUUUCUUUGUAUGUAUGAAUUUGUGCCACUUAACCACCUUUCCAAGUCGUCAUCUGUCAAGGACAUUGGUGUGGUAUGAAUCGCAUUCAGCGAUAGUUCUAGUUUUUAUCGGAGAAAAAUAUGGUUUCUAUAUGGUUACGGAAACGGCAAAAUCAUUAUCGUAAAUGAGGUCCUGUAAGUUGACGACGGAUAGUAUACACGACAUCUUAUUUAUUUGUUUGAUAAAAAAUGACCAAAGAAAUGGUAAAUAAGACUUGCGGGAUCCUGUGAUAACCCUAAAAGUGUUUAU